CUCUCUCUCUCUCCGAAUAAAACCGACGGUUUCCGUGAAUGUGCGAGCUGCCUCCUUGCAAGCAGCCAUAAUUGGGAUUAUUCAGGAAUAAUUCGCUUAAUCCAGCCGCGUUGUUUUUGUUUUUCUUGUUUGUUUGUUUUCAAAUCGUGAUUUCGACAGCGUUGGCGAUGUGAAUUUCCUGGUGGCAUCGCUGGAUUUGUCAGAAAUGUAUCUGUUCUGUCAUGGAGGCUUUUAUUGUGGACUGUUGAGAUGUAGUCCACCUUCGCUGGACAGCAAAACAAAGACUGCAUAUUAACAGUUCAGGGUAAAUACAUCGCCUUUUUCUUUUGACUGAAAGAUGGGAAAAAGAGACGUAUCGAGGCUGUUGUCUGUGUGGACUAAUUGUUCUGGUGCCACUAGCCAAUAUAUAAGCCAAGACGAUUCAUUUAGGGGAUGCGCGAUCUGUUUUUCUUCUAUAAGGUUUGUGGGUGGGUUAUUAUAAGCAUUGAAAAUCUGACAUCAUUUUGGAUAUAUGAACAGAACAAGAUGUAUAUUUUUUAUCGCGUCUGUUUCUAGCCUUCUGGAAAUCCAUCUUCGACGUGAUGCAACAUAAAAUCUGUUUUCUCGGAUGAUAUUCAGGCACAGACCAAAUGAACACAUCCCUCUCUAUGAAACUGUAAAAGGGUGGCAGUGGAUUUUUUUUAUACAUAUCUCUUAAACAGCAGAGUCCUCAUCCUGGACUGUUUGAUCAGCUGUUGAUUAUUAGAUAGCCUCUGCCGUCUUAUGUUUAUUAUAUGUUGCUCAAUUCGAUUUCCUUGCGAUGGAUUUAUGCAUAACAGGUGUUGUUUGAGCCCGAGAGCACAGCAAGAGCAUGAGGCUUUAUUAUGUGUUUUUCUCUCGAUUUAACAAACAGUGAAACAAAGCGACUGGGAUCAUUUUUUUGUUGUUGCCGUGAGAGAAGAACAGAUCCCCUUAAUGAACUGAGGGGAUGAAAGGUGGUGAGGUUGUGGACAAAGAGGAAAGAUGAGUCUGUCAUGUAGAAAAGAUCCUUACGGCCUCUCCUUGUAAAGACGAGAGAGCCGCGGGAGACGACGGCUGUAGGAGGAUCAGUAGUGUUUAUAAAGGGCCCGAACCAGGCAGGCUCUUGUGGAAGGUGAUAGAAUGGCUAACCAGAGCUUUGCCAUCGAUGGCCCUGGCAGUUUGCUGGCUGUGCUGGCUUCACAGAGCGGAAUGGCAAGAGGCGGCAGCAGCAGCAGCAGCAGCAGCAGCAACAGUGGAGGAAUUUCUGCCACAGAUGUGUCUGCCUACUUUAAGCUGGUCUUCUUGGGUUUGAUCAUCUGUGUCAGCCUUGUAGGCAACCUCUUGGUCUCCCUGCUGGUCCUACGAGACAGGACACUUCACAAGGCUCCUUACUUCUUUCUCCUGGACCUGUGCCUGGCCGAUGCAGUUCGUUCUGCUGCCUGCUUCCCCUUUGUGCUGGUUUCCGUCCACAACAGCUCGGCCUGGACUUACAGUGCCUUGAGUUGUAAAGUUGUGGCUUUUAUGGCUGUGCUGUUUUGUUUUCACGCUGCCUUCAUGCUGUUUUGUGUGGCUGUCACCCGCUACCUUGCCAUCGCCCACCACCGAUUCUACGCCAAGCGCAUGACGAUCUGGACCUGCGCCGCUAUCAUUUGCAUGGUGUGGACUCUGGCCGUUGCCAUGGCGUUCCCACCUGUCUUUGAUGUGGGGACAUACAAGUUCAUCCGUGAUGAGGAUCAGUGCAUUUUUGAACACCGCUACCUGAAGACCAAUGACACCCUGGGCUUCAUGCUCAUGUUGGCUGUGGUGGUCCUGGCCACCCAUGGUUUCUAUGCCAAGCUGCUGCUGUUUGAGUACAGGCACCGCAAGAUGAAACCUGUCCAGCUAGUUCCAGCUAUCAGCCAGAACUGGACCUUCCACGGUCCUGGGGCCACAGGUCAAGCUGCAGCUAACUGGAUUGCCGGGUUCGGUCGUGGUCCCAUGCCACCCACUCUGUUGGGCAUCAGGCAAAAUUUACACAACCAACACCGGCGGCUUCUUGGGAUGGAAGAGGUGAGAUCAGAGAGGAGGCUGGGCAGGAUGUUCUACACCAUCACCCUGCUCUUCCUGGUCCUCUGGGCUCCCUACAUCGUGGCGUGCUUCUGGAGGGUCUUUGUCAAGUCCUGCACCAUCCCUCACAAGUACCUUUCCAUCACAGUGUGGAUGAGCUUCGCCCAAGCCGGAGUCAACCCCAUCUUCUGUCUCCUGCUCAACGAGGACCUGAGGAAAGUGCUGAGAGCUCACCUGCCUACCUACUGGAGGACUAAACAACACCUGCCCCAGGAUGAGGCCUACUGCAUUAUGUGAUAAGAUAUGAGCUUAAUGAAGAGAAUGUUUUAGGUUUUAAAGGGAAAUAUGGAGAAUAGGAGUGAUUUAAUGCACCUUGGUUAAGUGUCUGUUUUGUUGUUUUGCACAACAAAAUCAAAUUUUUGCCAACAAAUGCAGGCACAGUGCCAUUUCAUUAAGAAUGUUGAUAUUUGAAUAAAUGUGUCAGUUGAAAAGUUUUGAACAGGGCAACAGAAACGCCCCUGUAACAUGUUAAUGGUUUGUAUUUCUGAUGAUGUACUGUAUGAUUAAUACGUAGGAAAGAUCACAACAAUCACCACUCCAACUAAGUGUGACAGAUGCCAUUUUAAAAUAAUGUUGCCUUAUUUCAGUGGGACACGCCCCAGAGCUUUCAACUGAGAAGUUGUUUCUGUGUCACAUGAGGCACAAAACAGACACACAGAGGGUUGAAAUCCUUGAAGAAGUGUGCUGUGGACUGUGAAUAGAAAGUGUUGAUCAGAGCGUUACUAACUCUGAAACACAUCAAGGAACUCAAAGGGUCUGAAAGGACUGAUAGACCACCCCGGACGCCUUUUCAUGUAAUUCAAAGGAGACUGCAGAAUAUCGAAUGGACCCAAUAACCUUGGAUACAUUUAAAUAGCUGUUGUGAACCCAAGAAGCCCCUAACAUGCUUGAUUUUUUGGACUUGAUUUAGGGCGUGUCAGGUUUCUUUGUAUCAUAAAAAAUUGCCUGUUUUCCUUUAUUUGUAAACUAUACAUGUUAAGCAGAUGACACUAUUUUGAAAUAUGACUUGAUUUCAUAUUGUAUAGACUGUACAGGAAUGGACAUUCCUGCUUGUGUGUUUUUAUAUAGCAAUUGUGUGUAUGUGUGUGUAAGAGGAAGAGGUAGAAAGAGAAGAGAGGAGGGAGGGAGAAAGAUGAGAGAAAUAAUGAUGAUAGAAUAGGUUCCAGUAAUAUUGAGUCAGUAUGAAAGCAGCCUCAUCUUGGUGUCUCAAAAUCAUGCAAAACUGAACAAUCAUCAUAUGGAAAUGUAUCCUUUAAAUGGAUUUCCGUGACCUGAAAAUGUAGUCGGAUUUUUAAUGGUAAUGUACAAGCAAAUGUGAACUAUAGAUGGAUAAUGAAAACUGGGACAGAAUAAUUAGAAAACAACACUUGUACAUUGCAAACAGGCCAUAGGAUUUAAUGACUUGAAUGAUGAUGUAAAUUACGUCGUUUUAAAAAAAUCAUUAGCAAAUGAGCAUUUAUUUGCAAAUGAUGGUCUUGGGAAUGUUUUUAAAGUACUGUUAUGCUCUCACCAGAAUACAAAAAAAUUAAGAAAGGAAGUGGCACUUAAUGUGAAGAAAACUUGAAUGUUACCUGGCCCUCUUAUAUUUUCCCUCAACAUAACCAUUGUCACCAUUCGAGUAUCCUGGAUCACAAUAAGUUCAAAAUCAAAACGUCUUGAGGCUGGAUACGACCCCAGAGAUGUUUGGUGUAUGGAAACCGGCUUAGGCUACAUUAAGUUGUCUCUCCAAAUUAAGAUUCAUGUAAUACAAAUGUCAGACCUACAGUAUGUUAGGCAUAGAUAUAUUUGUGCAGUCAAUUUUCUAAUUGUGGACACUUGCACAGCAUACUGUAUUAGCAUGCAUUCCACUGCAUUUCAUAGAUUCAAGACUGUGGAUUACAACUUGUACAGAUGUUGAUAUGGAAAGACGAAGUGACAAGUGAAUUGAGGUCCAUCAUUUUUACGUCUGGCAUUCCUUCGCGAGAUGAUAUUCUGUAACUGUACAGUUUAACUGAGGUGGUUCUUUUGCCCACUCAUCAAUAAAGACUCUACUUUUGAUGCA